AUGUCUUUUGGCAACGCAAGUGCAGGAGAACUACUGUCUGAUACAAAUAUGAGUCAAGGGACGAAUUCCAGCGCCAAACAGGAAGUGUUUGGGAGAUCUGUUUGUGCUCAAGGUUUCUACUGGCCGAUCCACGCACCCUUGAUUUUGAUUCUCAUAUCUAUUUUGGCUGCCAACUGUGUUGUUAUCGUCUUGACGAUCUGGAAAGAAACUUUACGGACAGUGAGUAAUAUGUUCCUGUUUUCCUUGACUCUGUCUGAUCUAUUGUUUGGUUUAAUCGGAAUUCCUGUCUUCAUGUCCUGUACAGUCACCACCUCCCUUUUACAGUGUACGCUAUCCGUGCUUCUUUGGCGAUUCACUGCUGUUUCGUCCGUAUGUCAUCUUUUUAUCAUUGCUUGUGACCGCUACUUUAUUAUUUUACAUUCUAUGAAAUACCCUUCAAUCGCAACAAAAACCCGUGCUACAUGCGUGAUAGCGGUAAUUUGGUUAGUGGCAUUAGCGUCUUCAUCCAUUCAGUUUGCUUGGUACAAAUGGAACAACGACCUAAAAGAACCCAAGGAAGACACAAUUCAGAUUGACAAAAUUUAUCUUUUAUUGCUGAUCAUAGUGUUCUUUUUUUUGCCUUUACUGCUGAUGUUUUACAUUUACAGCUGCAUCUUACUUGUUUCUUUUCGACACAUCUUCGCCUUUCGUAGACGUCGUAAAAAUCUCGACCAACCAGUGCCCUCUAUUGCUCACGAUUUACGUGGAACCUUUAUUUUAUUUUUUAUGAUGCUAAUAUUCAUCGGUUGCUGGCUGCCGUUUUUUCUUCUUAUUCUUGAAGAUCACAUUCUGGAGACUUUCUUUUAUAUCGUACCAGGAUGGGGUUUAUGCGUAAUCCUUUAUCUCCGAUUCAUUCCCCCAAUGGCAAAUCCCAUUCUAUGCGCGUUUUGUAAGCAAGAUUAUCGCCGUGCCUGGCGUGGUUUAGCGCGACGGCAACAAUGGCUCAGCCUGAAUCUUCGUUUUUUCAAAUUUCCUUCCGUCUCUGAAACACGCGACAGAACAUGUGACAGAACCCCAACUUCAGUUACACUCGCCGAAAAA